GCCCGGUUGCUGUGGAGCCUCGAGGCCGGGUUCCGGUGACCAGUCUGAACGGUACAGAGGUGGUGGUUGCAGCCUGGCCCAGGUAGCUAGAUGUCUGAUCGGGCUCGAUUCUCUUUCCGCGGCGGCCUGCCUCAUACAGCGAUUGACCCACGAUGUCCUGGCCGUCCACAACAGCCGCUGCCCGAACCUGCAGCAAUGGGAGCGCGAGGGAGAACAUACCUCAGUGGGAGACCUCUGCAGCCUGAGUCACUGGGAGAUGAGCCACAGCAGCCUGCAACGUUUGCAACCUGUCCCAAACAGGCCUUCCAGUCACUGGGUCGUUCAGGCGAACUGCUCCGUAGUUUGACCUCCUUACCGCAGUUUGGGGCUUAUGGUCGAGGAGAUCACCUCGGCAACAAAACCCAUGCUCCAGUCCCAGGCAGAGGGAUCUUGGGACGAGGAAUAUCCAGCGAAACGUUAGGAGGAUUUAAACAUGAGAAGGAGCUGGGAGCCGGGGACGCCUUUCCACCGAGAGCAAUACCACAGUGGAGCUAUGGGCAAAGCAGUUCUCCCAAUUGCAGAGGCCGAGGCAGGGUUCCCGAGCCAUCUCUGUGCAGCGAUGAUGAGCUGGCAGCUUGCCUGCAGGGCUUGGAGAUGGGGCGAGGCUCACUGGGGAAGAGCAGACUCCUUCCCCCCUCAGCUGUGCUCGCAGCAGGGGACCAGCGGUUCUCUCCUGCUCCGGAUGUUGCAGCAGCCAAGGGAACGGAAAGCUAUGGGGAGCCCGUUAUGACAAGGGGGUCAUCUGGAACGGCCAUACCUCUGGCAGUAAACCACGUCAAGAUAUACUGCAGAAAUGAAGCUGUAUAUCAAUACCAUGUCACCUUCAGCCCUGAUGUAGAAUGUCGGAAUAUACGCUUUGGAAUGUUGAAGGAGCAGCAGGCGGUGACGGGGCGGGCCACCGCGUUUGAUGGAACCAUACUCUACCUGCCUGUGAAACUACCAGAGGUAAUCCAUCUCAAAGCAGAAAGAAGAACAGACGGUGCGGAGGUGGACAUUAAAAUCCAAAUGACCAAAAUCCUGCAGCCAAACUCUAAUCUUUGCAUUCCCUACUACAACGUGAUAUUCAGAAGAGUGAUGAGAAUUCUGGAAUUAAAGUUAAUUGGAAGAAAUUUCUACGACCCAACAAACGCUAAUGUUCUCCCUCAGUACAGGCUACAGAUAUGGCCUGGCUAUUCUGCCAGCAUCCGUAGGACAGAGGCAGGAUUGAUGUUACAGGUCGAUCUGUCCCAUAAAGUAAUCCGCAAUGACUCUGUCAUUGACAUGAUGCAAGCUUUGUACCAGAAGAGCAGUGAGAACUUCCAGGACGACUGCAUGAAGGAGCUGGUGGGCAGCAUCAUCAUGACCAAGUACAACAACUGCACCUACCGCAUUGACGACAUCGACUGGCACAAGGCUCCGACCAGCUCCUUCCGCAUGGCGGACGGGAGUGACAUCACCUUCUGUGAAUAUUACAGGAAAAACUAUGGGAUUAGCAUCCAGGAUCACAACCAGCCUCUCCUGGUACAUCGGCCGAAACAGAAGCUAGGGUCACAAGGACAGUUAAUCGAGAAUGAAAUUCUUCUGGUGCCUGAGCUGUCCUACAUGACUGGCAUACCUGAGCCGAUGAGGAAGGAUUUCCGUGCAAUGAGGAAUCUGACUGCAGAGAUAAACCUCAGCCCAGAGCAGCACCAACUGGCCCUUCGAAAACUCCUGAAUGACAUCAAGAAAAGUAGCGAUGCGCAGGAGCAGCUGGGCCUCUGGGGUCUCCUCAUUGAUGAUGAUAUCCAUAAGACGGAGGCAAGAGUGUUGCCCCCUGAGAAGAUCAUCGUCCGGCACAAGUCAUUUCCUAGCGGGCCUGAUGUUAACUGGUCUAAAGAGGUUUCACGGGAGAAAGUCAUCUCGGCGAUUCCAAUGCAUUGCUGGACGCUCUUUUGCUCAAAGCAAAAUGCAACGCGUGCGAAGGACCUGAUCAGCUGCAUGUCGAAGGUGGCGGAGCCCAUCGGGAUGACCUUCCUGCAGCCUGCCUACGUCGAGCUGAAGGACGACAGGACCCAGACCUACAUCCGGUCCCUUCAGUCACACCUGGAGAGCAACACUUCGGUUAAGAUUGUGGUGUGUCUAGUGACUGGUACCCGUGAUGACCUGUACCACGCCAUAAAGAAAUUGUGCUGUGUCCAAUCUCCAGUCCCCUCGCAGGUAAUUAAUGUGCGGACUAUCUCUCAGACUGCACGAAUGCGAUGCAUCUGUCAAAAGAUCCUCCUGCAGAUUAAUUGUAAACUGGGCGGAGAGCUGUGGGGCGUGGACAUUCCACUGAAACAGCUGAUGGUGAUAGGAAUGGAUGUGUACCAUGACCCCGUAAUGGGGAAGCGCUCUGUUGUUGGAUUUGUUGCCAGCUUAAACAAAGCAAUGACCAAGUGGUUUUCCAGAGUGGCCUUCCAGAUGCCCAAUCAGGAAAUCAUCGAUGGCUUGAAGAUCUGUAUGGUGGCAUCCUUAAAGAAAUAUUACGAGAUCAACCACUGCCUGCCCGAGAAGAUCGCUGUGUACCGGGAUGGCGUGUCCGAUUCGCAGUUGAGCACGGUGACAGAUUACGAGAUUCCACAGCUUCUGAAGUGCUUUGACGUGUUCAGUGAUUAUCACCCCAAGAUGAUGGUGAUCGUGGUGCAGAAGAGGAUUGGCACCAAACUGUACGCAGUGUCGGGGUCGGGGAGACUGGCUAUCCCGCCUCCCGGCACUGUGCUGGACCACACCGUCAGCACAAAGGAAUGGCCUGACUUCUUCCUGAUGGCACACACUGUUCACCAGGGUUGUGGCAUUCCCACCCGCUACAUCUGUGUAUUUAACAGUCUGAACCUCAGCCCUGACCACAUUCAGAGGCUCACCUUCAAGCUGUGCCACAUGUACUGGAACUGGUCGGGCACCAUCCGGGUGCCAGCGCCCUGCAAGUACGCCCACAAGCUGGCCUUCCUGUGCGGCCAGUCCCUGCACCAGGAGCCGUCCGCCAUGCUGUCCGAGCUGCUGUUUUACCUGUGACGGCCUGUGCGGCGAUCGCUGCGACUGAGGGUGGUGGCCUGUUACACGGAGUGAUGCGAUGCGAUGCGGAUGGGAGCCCUGGUCAAGGUGCCACGUGGGCUUGUUUUCCACCCAAAACAUUUAUUUGCUUAUUUUUGGCUGCAGAAAUAUGUUUGACUUUAAAAUGUCUUUGUUUCCCGAGUAACGCCGGAUGAGAAGGAAAUGACAGGGCAAGCUGGUGAGGAAACCAAACACAAUGGCUAGCCUGAAAGAGACAGUGUAUUUUUACUUGGAAGAUAAGUAUUGCCUGUGAAAAUCAGUGCUGCUCAUGGACUCCACCCAAGCAACAGACUCAAAUGUGGCUCGUGUACAAGCUUCUGCACUGAGUGCUUGUACUGACAGCCUCGUGGUCCCAGUGCGAGCCACGGUGACAUAGCUGGUAGAGCCACUCCCUCCACAGCACCAGAGAUCCUGGUUUGAU